GUUCUGCACACUCUUCCUAGACUUACAGUCUCGUCUCCAUCUGCGCUGACUUCAAAGUCACGAUGAGCAAGAUUAUUGUUUUCGAGAACCCCAACUUUGGGGGCAGGAGUAAAGAGUUCACCUCUUCUGUUCCCAACUUAAUAAAGGAGAACUUCAAUGACUGCAUCUCCUCUCUGAGGGUGAUCGGGAAUCCAUGGUUGGCGUAUUCAGACGUCAAUUAUAGAGGUUCUCAGUUUGUCUAUGAGGAGGGCGAUUAUGCCACCAUGGAGUGUAAUGACAGCUUUUCUUCACUAGAGAUGGUGACGGAGGACCUGACGAACCCUCAGAUCACACUUUAUGAAGAUGUUAACUAUGGAGGCAGGUCCAUCGUUCUCACCGGUGAAACCAAUCUGGUCCACAUCUCUUUCCAAGAUGUGGCGUCUUCACACAAGGUGCAGAAAGGAGUGUGGGUCCUUUAUGAAGAAAGUAACAGACGUGGAGCUCAGAUGGUGGCCAGGGCUUCUCGUGAUCUUCCUGAUUAUGGCUCGUUCAACAAGAAAGCGUCUCAUGUGCGCCCUCUGAUGCCUGGCAUACGCUCGAUAAAAGCAGAGAUCAACUGGAAAAAGAAAGAAGAACGUGUCAGACCUGUUACGAUCGACUCCAUAUGUGGUCUAAACCAAGGAGAGCAGGAGAAAAGCUUCUCCAAUGAGCUGAUUAAAGAGUACGAAGGCUUCAUCACUGACAGCUUCAGCUUUAGCAGUCCUACACAAAUCCCCUGGGGAAUGUCCUUCAGUGUAGAUGUAGGAGCAAUGAAAGCAGACAAGAACUUCUCUUUGAGUGAAACCUUCACUGUGGAGAAAGGCAGCAGCAACACCAGAACCGAGAAGAAGAGUAUCCGAGUCUCCCUGCCCACCAAAAUAGCUCCCCACACCAAGCUGACUGUGAACGUGGUGAGGAAAGAAGUGAACACGAAGGCCCUAGUCAUGCUCACCAUCAUGAGAGGUUCCCAAGCCAUCGUGGAGUUUGGAGAGUACAGGUGUCAAUCUGGCAUCUCUAUCACCACCGAGUGCAAGGAGGAAAAAAUCUAGUGUGCUGGUUGUGAAUAUAAGUGGUGCAGGACCCUUUACACUGUCGCAGUGGAUGUCAAGAGUAUCAACACACCCAGCUGAGAACUUAACUCCUUUUCUCAAAGUAUCCUCCUGACUUUUAAUUUCCCUAAAUGUCCCAAGUGAAAUUAAAGUCCAAUUAAAUAAAGAAAAAUAUUAAUUUAA